ACCAUAUCCAACCCUCUCUGGCAGAUUCCAACAUCCGAAGCCAUGCAGGGGAGAAUGUACUCACACAGCGUAAACAAUCUGAUUAUCCAGAAUUCUGCUUACAAAAACCCGAGAGGCUCCUGCUGGCUAAGGAUUUCAGAAUGCACAGCAAAGACUGGAGGGGACAUUAUGGCUAGCGCAGGAAGUGGUCCAAUCCUUGUAAACGAAUGUGGUGCUAACAACUUCCCCAUCAAUGAAGGGCAGAAGAAUAUAGUGGUAGCUACUGGAACACCAUGUGCCACUAAUCCACUGCCCCAAGGUUUGGAUAGGGACCCGGUUUAUAACUGGCAGGCGACCAAGAGUUCCCUCAAAGAAAGGUUUGCUUUCCUAUUCAACAAUGAGCUGCUCAGUGACGUGAAGUUUCUGGUGGGAAAAGGUAGACAGAUACAAAAGAUUCCGUCACAUAAAUUUGUCUUGGCCACUGGGAGCGCUGUAUUUGAUGCCAUGUUCAAUGGUGGAAUGGCCACUACCUCUGCAGAGAUUGACUUGCCAGAUGUGGAGCCCGCAGCAUUCCUAGCCCUUCUCAGGUUCCUUUACUCAGAUGAAGUACAGAUUGGUCCAGAAACAGUGAUGACCACACUGUACACUGCUAAAAAAUAUGCAGUGCCUGCACUGGAGGCGCACUGCGUGGACUUUCUCACCAAACAUCUCAGGGCAGAUAAUGCCUUCAUGCUGCUGACACAGGCUCGGUUGUUUGAUGAACCGCAGCUUGCCAGUCUCUGUUUAGACACCAUAGACAAGAGCACAGUGGAUGCUAUCAGUGCAGAAGGAUUCACUGAUAUUGAUAUAGAUACACUGUGCGCAGUUUUGGAAAGGGACACGCUAAGCAUUCGGGAGAGCCGGCUCUUUGGAGCAGCUGUCCGCUGGGCCGAGGCAGAGUGCCAGAGACAACAGCUUGCAGACAAUGCAGAAAACAAGAUGAAGGUUCUAGGCAAGGCAUUGUCCUUAAUUCGCUUCCCUCUGAUGACUGUGGAGGAGUUUGCAGCUGGUCCUGCUCAGGCUGGUAUCCUGUCUGAUCGGGAAGUGGUAAACCUCUUUCUGCAUUUUACAGUAAACCCUAAGCCUCAUGUUGACUAUACUGAUCGUCCACGCUGUUGCCUCCGUGGGAGAGAAUGCAGCGUCACCAGAUUCCAGCAAGUGGAGAGUCGCUGGGGCUACAGUGGGACCAGCGACAGAGUCAGGUUUACAGUAAACAGAAGGAUAUCGAUUGUGGGACUUGGACUGUAUGGAUCUAUUCAUGGGCCGACCGACUACCAAGUCAAUAUUCAGAUUAUUGAUUAUGAGAAGAAUCAAACUGUGGGACAAAACGAUACAGGCUUUAAUUGUGAUGGAACAUCUAAUAUAUUUAGGGUUAUGUUUAAAGAAGCUAUUGAGAUUUUGCCAAAUGUUUGCUACACACUCUGUGCUACCCUUAAAGGACCGGAUUCUCAUUAUGGUACAAAAGGUUUAAAGAAGGUCAUUUAUGAACUUCCAACAGGGGGCAAGACUUGCUUUAAUUUUUUCAGUUCCCCUGGUAAUAACAAUGGAACCUCAGUGGAAGAUGGUCAGAUUCCAGAAAUAAUCUUCCACACAUGACAGUGUUAAAUGCUGAGCUGAAACAUUUCGUACCUUGUUAAACAUAUUAAAUUCUUAUUUUAUUUUGA